GUAAUUCAGUUUGCAUAUUUUUUUUCCUCAGGGGUAUAGUAUCUUGCGCUAGGAUUUGACGAGCCCUGUUCUCUUCCUUCUCUACAAAUUGAAUUGUUGGUUGAUAUAUUUUCCGAAAAAUUUUGAUGCUCUUAGUUGUGUCAUUUGGUGAAUUGCUUGUCCAACUCGAUUGAUUGUCGGCUUUAGUUGAAUCUGGUGGAAAUGGGUUUUACAGGGGAAGAGAUGGAGAGUUCAAAAGGAAAUGACAGGCUGCAAGUCCCCUAAACGCCAAAGAAAAAGAUAGAGAAGAAGAAUAAAGACAUUCAUUCCCUUUCUUCGGAACCUGCCUCUGCCUCUUCUCCUGCUGCCCAUGCACGUAAUGAAUACACUAGAAAAAGAAAAGGAUAUGGACAACCUUUCUGGUUUUAUAUUUUUGAGUAAUGGAAAAACAAAGCCAGAGUGCUACAUGUACCGUGUUUUUGGGCUUCCUGAGGGAAAAAAGGAAGUUGUGGAGAAGAUCAAACCAGGUAUGAAGUUAUUUCUUUUUGACUUUGAGCUGAAGCUUCUCUAUGGACCAUACGAAGCAGCCUCUGUUGGAAAAUUGAACUUGGAACCUGCUGCUUUUGGUGGAAAGUUUCCUGCACAGGCAACUCUCUUUAGAAAUAGAAGCAUUAAGCCUAGCCAUGGGCUCAUAAAAGAUGCAAAGCUUUCUAUGACCAUAAAAUACAUUGUUAAAGAGAAGAGUAUUUGCAAAGAAAGACCCAUAUGGCCAUGUGUAGUACUAUGCCAUUGCCAACGUGAGACCUUAGCAUCUGGGGUGAAAUAUCCUUUUGGGACUUUGUUCCUGGACUUCCUGGGAUCAUUGGGUUGGGAAACUGGUAUGUUGUUAUUUGUAUGGUUAUGAACUUAAAAGUAUCGUGUACAAGUUCUUAUUGUGAGGAUAAUAGCUGGAAUGGCUUAACAUUUCUUGGAUGUUGUUAUAUUCCUAGUAAUGCUGCUCAAAGGUCAUUGCAAUUUUAUAUUUUUGAUUUUUGAUUUUUGAUUAAUCUUGUUUGAAAUGUAAAUGUUGAUUCAAAUAUUUCAUUAUCCAUCUAAUUGAGUUGGUGGAAUGAAUAUAGUUCUUUCCUGCUUGAUGUUUCUUUUCUUUUCUUUGUUUUUCUCAACUAGGCUGGAGCACAUUAUCUUUUCCAAUAUGUUGAAUGUAUCUUUAGCUUUUUUUUUUCUUUUAAAACCAUUUUCCUUUUGUCCCUUUGCUCAGGUGAGCUUCAGAAUUUGCAAAGAUUGUUUUCCAUUGCCUGAGAGGUCCUUUAAACAUGCUAUCCAAGAUAACUAUCAGAAAGGAAAAUUUAAACAAGAACUAAAUGACCAGCAAGUAAAGAGUCUCUUGUCAUUGUUUCGUCCGCUUUUGCCUGCAUUAGCUCUUGUUCCUCCUACAUUGCCUUGUGUAUCCAUGUCAUUGCCAGCCAUAGAGAAUCAGUUUCUGCCCCAAGCAACUGUGCCUUCACGAGAGGAUUCAUAUGUAGCUGGGAUACAACUUAGUCGUAACCAAUCAUUGUUGACUCCUCAACAUGCUCUACAUGAGGUACAAGGCCCACAACAUGCUUAUUAUGGAUCCUCAACGCAUAAGCAUCCAUCAGUGAAGCUACAAGAUAUGCAAGCUCCUAGAAUGCGUCAUUUGGAGGAUCCUUAUUUUGCUAGGAUGCAGCACAAUCAUGACCCACAAGUGUUGGCAACUCAAUAUAUUGAGCAGAGGGUCUUACCAUCUCAACCUGCUUCACAUGGAGCCAUGGUAAACAUGGGUUAUGCCCAUCAAGCUAUGGAACCACAAACUCUACCAAUUCGAAAUGCCCUGUACAAUUCCACAGAUGCUUCAUAUGGGGCUUUGCAACCUGCUUCAUAUGAAAACAUUGGUUAUGUCCAUCAAGCCAUGAAACCACAAACUCUACCUGUUCCAACUGCCCCAUGCCAUUCCACAGAUGCUCAACGGGCACACUUUCUUGGGUACCCAUACCACAGAUAUGGGCCUGGCGAGGAGAUGUUUCCGAAUGUUCAACACCUUGGCUCAGCAAAUGAGCAUUAUCAGUAACAAUCACAGAAGCAAGAAAUUGCUCUGCAUCGGGAAAAUGUUCAGAACUACAAUUACUUGCCUGCAACCACAAAACUGCACAAACAUCAAUAAUUGGAUGGCACUAAAGCAUCAACCGCUGGAUGGGCGGUUGGGAAUAUUCUUGUUCCUCCAUAUUCCUAUGUUGAGGUCACUUCAACACAUUGUCAGGCAAUUUGAGUUGAGAAAAGGCCAUAAUUUUGCAGGAAUAUUAUCAUACGAUUUGGCCAGUUACAUUUGCAUUGCAUAGUUUCAUUAAUUUCCCAUAGUAAAAUUAAGAACUCCCAACAACCUUUAAUGAGAAUCUAAACGUUCACUGGCUUAUUCUGAUCAUUGUAAUUUUCCAUAUUCAUGAUAAUACCUAGAAGCUCUCAAUUAAUACCGAGUGGAAGCUGGUGGAUUACAUGUCAUUUUAGUGGUAAAAUCCAACUGUAAUCCAAUAUUUGUUAUAUGACUCUCUCUUUCAAUGAUGUUGGUCAUUUUUGGUUGAUGAAA